AUGAGCGGUACCUCCGUUGUCCAACAAAUCGAUGCCGUCGACGCCUUUGCCAGGACCCUGUACAUCCGCAGCUCUCAGUCAACUGUCCCAUCUCUCUCCACGGAUGUCUCGCAGGCCGUCCGCAGCCUCCACCAGGCGCUGCGCGAGUUGCGCAUCGAGGCUGCCGAUCCAAACUCACGCCUCAACGCUUCGGACUCUAGUCCCUACUCCAAGCAGCUAAACUCCAUCAUCAAGGACUCCCAGACGACACUAAAGCAGCUUGAGCUCGUCCUAGAUCUGAACAGCAGAGGUGGAGGACCUUAUGCUGAUAGCGCUGCUGAGGGCAUCACCGCUGUGCAAACCAAGCUGGUUCAUCAAAAGACUGUCAUCGACGCCUUUCUAGAUCUGGUCCGGCAUGGCGACAAACCCGGCCGCCGCCGCGGGCCCAGUCUGGAUACAAUCAAGGGCAAGGUGGAUGCUAUCGGGCGCAGGCUCUUUCGUCGCGAUAGCAACAAGUCCUCCACCGGCGAUGACAAACUGUGGAAGAAGUUCAAGGCCGAGCUUAUCAAGGAGGGAUUCUCAUCCAAGGUGCUGGAUGAGCAUGAGGAUAUUCUGCGCGCCUACAUUCAGGAGAUCCAGUCCGUCCUGUCUGUGAAAGACGGCGUGCCGCCCACCGUUCAGGGCCUACUCGAGCUUGAUGGCACCUCGACACCCGCACCCGCGCCGCUGCAUGGUCGCCAUAUGACCUUUCCACCCGCCAACUAUGCAAAGGCGCCUGCCGUCACCAAGUCUGACCGAUUGGUACCAGAUCAGUCACCUCACCCGGCUUUGGUCCAAGAACACUCACGCGAUCCCCGCUCUUGGGCCUCACCAGGAGAUGCAAGCAACUUGGGAGAUUCCUUCACCCUCAUCUCCACCCGAGAUCUCUUAUUGAUGGACUCGCUUAGUUCAGAUGUGGCUGGCCUCCAUCUGAGCAGCUCCCCAACGCAGGCUGAUGCUCCAUCAUUCCAGCCCAUAAUGUCCGGCGCUCUGCCACUGCCCGAGAUUAGGCUGCCUGAUUCUACAGCCCCUCGGGAUAUCCCUCAAACGAAGCAUCUUGGCGUUGAAGGAAUGGCACCUCAUGUGUAUGGCUCCAGCGCCCCGCCAGCAUAUGGGGGAGCAUCGAUGCCCCGGUUGGCUCCGGAUAGCUUUGGGCAGGACAUCCCCAUGCAUGCGGAGUGGACCAAAAUCGACCGCGCUCUCGUCAGCCCCGAGGCUCUCCAUCGUGUCGGCGUGCGGUACGAGGCCCGUCCGGGCUAUGUCGCUAUCUUGGGCCGCCUAACUCUCGAUCAAGUCACUCAAUAUGCCCGCUUGAGCGCGGAAUGUCGGGCUGCUCGGCGAGGCGUGCCUCCGAUGACGAAACAUCAUUCUUUCGAUGUAACCAGGCGCGAGCGGACGGGCUCGGAGAGUAGUCGAGAUGAGAAUAUUGAUGAUGACAAGGAUUCGGAUGGCCGUAGCGACGUGUCGGAUGCAGACGACGAGAAAGUUUUAGGCGAGAAAGGAACCAAGACCUAUCCCGUCAUCGUGAAUCCGCCAGAAAAGAGCAAGUCCUCUCCAAGCACCACUGUCAUGCCGAAGCCGAUCUUGAAGAACAAGAACACGAAUCAUGUGCGAUUCGAUCCAGAGCCGCACGAAGUCGCUGCCCGACAGGAAAAGGAUAGCCGUGAGAAUCGAGACUCGACCUCCAGGAAAUCCCGAGAUCGCGAUGACAGAGACAGGGACGACCACGCCAGGCGUCGUGAAGAUAGAGAGAAAAGGAGGCGAGACAGCGACCCAACCCACGAUGACAAAUACCGUCGGGACCGGGACCGGGACCGGGACCGAGAUCGAGAACGAGAACGCGACCGCGACCGAGACAGAGACCACGAGGGCCACCGAUCGCACCACCACGAUCGGGACCGCCGUGAUGACCGGAGACGCGAGAGAUCUACGAAGAAGAAUCCCUGGGGCGAGGCUCUCGGCGUGGUGGGCAUUGGCGGUGCUGCCGCCAGCUUGCUGGGAGUCUUGGCCGAGGCCGCCAUGGGAGGUUGA